GAAAUCGUGCAGUAGGAGGAGCCGCAAUACAGUCUUCGACAUUUGCGGGCUGGUUUGCUGAAAAGGCCGUUGAUAGUAAUCGGGGCUUCCAGCAGUUGAAUACAACAUGCACCUCAACCCUUAAUGAGUCUAACCCAUGGUGGAGGCUGGAUCUGCGUGAUGUUUACCGAGUUAGUGAAGUGGUCAUCACUAACAGAAAUGACAGCUAUGCAGAACAAAUAAACGGAGCGGAAAUUUGCAUAGGAAUCUCUUUGGAGAACAACGGCAGCAACAAUCCCAUAUGUGCUGUUAUUUCUACUAUUCCAGCAGGUGAGUCCUACAAUUUCUCAUGUAAUGGGAUGGUGGGACGUUACGUGAUUGUUCGUAUUCCUGGAGAUUGGGAGAUUCUUAGUCUUUGCGAGGUUGAAGUCUACGGGUAUUUGGCAGAAAAUCUGGCAGUAGCUGGUGCUGCUACACAGUCAUCAACAUCUGAGAACUGGUUUGCUGAAAAAGCCAUUGAUCGAGGUCUCCAGCAGUUGUAUACGGGAUGCUCCUCAACUCUCAGUCAGACUAACCCAUGGUGGAGGCUGAAUCUACAUCAUAUUUACCGAGUUAACAGAGUGGUCAUCACUAACAGAAACGACUGCUGUGCAGAACGAAUAAACGGAAUGGAGAUUCACAUCGGAAACUCUUUGGAGAACAACAGCAACAACAAUCCCAUGUGA